AUGGCGUCGAGCACGCCAGAUUCAUACUUGGAGGAACACAAGAAACGAGAUCGGUCGGGGAAGCCCAGCCCUCUGCGAAUUGUGAAGCGAUUUAGCAGUGAAGACUCGUUCUACAGCCCCAGGAGCCUCAGUCUAAGAUCAAACGCAAGCAUGCAAGAGUGCGAUGGUGACGACGGAUGCUUGACGAUAAUGAAGAGGAAGCGCGAGAGACACCACGGCGGAUUCGCCUUGGAGAAAAACCCCCAUGCUGUUGCCAAUCCGAACAAGAGCGAUCUUCUUUCUGGUAAAUACCACUGGGAAGAUGGGAUGGUUUGCAAAGGAGGGAUGCUUGGUUCCCAGACCUUGAACGUGCGAAAGACACGCCAGCCUCGCCCAUCGAUCCAGAGCCAUCUUGGGCUGAGGAUGCAGUGUGCACGCGUGCCGUCUGCUUCUUCUUGCUCGCCAGAACUGAAAUUCGAGACGUUAGACGCGGUUCAAGCGGAUGACCAGUCUAUUGAAAGCCCUACGUCAGCAUGUUCGCAGGAUAUCCAUCAGAGCUCAAGGCUGCCGUCGCCCACCUCUGUUUAUCCUCUCGACCGCCUUCAAAACAGAUCAUGCACACUUUGCCCACACGUGGUUGUGACAGCAGAAUUCAAUACUCUCCAAGACUGCCAGAGAACGAUAUGGGCAGCCAUAGAGGUUUCGGGAAGACUCUCUACACUCUCCUCCAAAGUGGCAGCCUGCGACCGAACCGGAGUGGUGACGGGGACAUUUAUUGAGCAUGAACUGGACCGUUUCUUUGAGUUUGGUUGUUUAUACGACUUGUCUGUUGAGGUGUUGCCCGCUGCCCAGACGACUGUGAUUCAGGUUUUGCGCGAACAGACUUUCCCAACCACGAUUUAUGCUGGAUCCAGCAUCCUGCUGUUAGCUGAGAUUCGGAUCGACGCGGAUCAGAAGUGCUUGCAGAGACCAGUCCAGGGGCACGUUCGGCAGAAGUCUGAAGAGUUGAUCGAGGACCUCGAAAUCCAGUUGGGGAGCUCACAAUUUAAUUAUAUGCACGUCAAGGUGUCGUAUGCUCACUCGGUCUUCCCAGAGUCUGAUGGAAGCGAAACUGGGAUAUCCAACAUGCACAGUCGAUUGGAGACAGUGGCCACAGCUAGUCUGAAGCCUGGUCAGGAGGCACUGGGGUGGCAGCAAAGCAAGCGAAGCAAUGGGGAAAAUGCUAGCUACAAGGUCAUGCCCAAGAAAGGCCGCCAGAUCCAGUUCACCCUUGUCCUUGGAAAGGAUCAUGCCUUCCAAAGCUGGCUUACCCUCGGCUUAUCAGAAGUUACCAGUGGUUCCAGUAAGGCAAGCGAGCCUGCAAAAGAAAUGGAGCUCUGA